GUCUGGCAACAAAGCAGCAAUAGCAGCAGUAGUGUGUGUGUGUGAGUGUGUGUAACAAGUUCCUCUAAAGACGUCAAAGUUCUCUAGACUGAAGAUGGUGCAAUCCACUCCAAAAUCUACCUUUAAUUCCCCUGACAGUGAAUGUCCUACGCCUGGGAGCACAGCAGAGGCACAGGGACAAAAAGAGAUGCCAAAGGAGAACGACAAGAACGCGGGCCGCCCUAUGUGGUACUUGACACGACACACGGCUGCGAUCCUCCUGCUUCAGGGACUUUUUCUCCUUCUCUUCAUCAUCUUCGUUAGGUACGGGGUAGCUGCAGACGCCUCGCAUGGUUUGAACAACCAUUACCCCAUUAUGGGCGGUAGCGUUCCUGGAAAUAACCCAAGCCUUCGCCUUCAUCACAAUGUCCUGGCCACAGUCGUUAUGCUGUUGGGUCUCGGGAUGCGGGUGUCUGGAGCGCCAGGACACCAGCUCUCCGGCGUGGGAUGGACGCUGCUGCUGGCAGGGCUGGCGCUGCAAUGGGCCGUGUUGUGUCAAGGCUUCCUCCACGGCGACAGUACUCGUGUGAAUAUUGACGUGAAUAGAGUGCUGGAGGCCCAGGUGGUCAGCAUUGGUACAUGCAUUGCUGAAGGCGCCAUGGUGGGAGUCGCCUCGCCGCUGCAGAUGGUGGUGCUCAUGGUGGUUCAUGUACCCCUCCACCUCCUUAACAACCACAUCGCACUCACAAUUUUCAAGAGUGCGGACCUCGGAGGAUGCAUGAGUGUUCACAUGUUCGGCUCAAUGUUCGGGAUGGCAGCGUCUCGAGCCUUGUCCAGACAUUCUGAUGCUUCACCCAAACUCUCCAGCGCCUCACAAGUGACUGCCCUCGUAGGUACGGUGGUGGUGGUGGUGUCCAUGGUGGAGAUGUGGCUGUGGCGUACCACGGGAGACGACCACAACCGUGCCAUGGUAAACGCCUUCCUGUCCCUCGCUGGUGCCGUCCCUGCCUCCUUCGUUGCCUCCUCCGUUGCCCAUCCCAGGAGAAAAUAUUCAAUGAGUGACGUGCAGAGCGGCGUGCUGGGCGCUGCCGUAGCGGUGAGCGGCGUGGCGAACUUAAUGGUGCUACCUUACGGGGCACUGCUGCUGGGGGCAGGUGUAGGCACUGCUUGUGUGCUGGCCCGCUGCUAUCUCACACCUCUAGCGGAGAGGUGUCUGGGUGUAGGUGACGUGUUCGGCGUGGGCGUAUCACAUGGCUUAGGUGGGAUGCUGGGAGGCGUGGCGGGGGCGGUCAUGGCGGCGUGUGCAACUGACGACGGCAUCUACGGCUACAGUGUGUAUGACAUCUACUUUGCCAUGGCCCCCCACAAGGAGGACUACAAGUUUAAGGAAGUAAUGAGCUACUACAGGGCUUCCCCUGGGGAGGGCCGGUCAGCUCUGGUGCAGGCGGCCCACCAGCUGGCAUCCCUGCUCGUUGCAUUCGCCUUCUCCCUCGUCAGCGGCACACUCACAGGCCUGGUGUUGCGUUUCCCAGGCUGCGGUGAUGCGACUCAGCGGGACGAACGAUACUGGCAGCUUCCAGCCCACACCCACACCCAAGACCAGGACCAGGCCAAGACCACCCGCCACCACCACACCCAGCACCACCAUGCCCGCCACCACAGUCUCUCUCAGCCCCUUACCCAUCACUCCCUGAGCCCCAACCAUGGACACCACCACCAUCACACCAACGGUCAUCACCACCAUCAUCACCACCACCACGCACACCAUCCUAGUAAUAUAUUGGUGUGAGUUUUCCGUUUUUUUUUUUUUUUUUCUCUCUAUUUUUGAGUUAUCCAACUUUAUGUGAGAUUAUAAGAAAUGGAAUAAAAUAGAAACAUAAUAUUAGGAAGAAGAAAAAAACAAAAACAAAAGGCAUUAUUCUCUCAAUAUGACCAUUUUCGAAGGCCACAGAGAUGAUUAAUUCAGUUCUCAAGAGUUUUUUUUUUUCUUGUAAUUAAUGUUGAAAUCUUCUUAUGUGUUACUAUAAUCGUAAAAUGUCCCUAGAAAAAAAAACUGUUAGAAAUGUAGGAAUCUUGCUUACGUGUCACUAGAAUCGUAAAACGUCCCUAAAAGUCACAUGUAAGCUUAAGUAAAGCCUUUUCAAAUUAGUCGUGGUUGCAGUAGAGAACAGUUUCAGAAUAUGGUCCAUGGAUGUCGUUGUUAUUUGGCAAGGAUAUUAAAGUUUACAGCUUGUGUGAGGAUACUUGUUAUUAAUAGUGUUACUGUUAUUGAUGGUGUACUGUACAACUGUCCACAAGGUUUACAGACUCGUAGUCAAUUGUCUUAAACUCUCCGGUCUUUUUUUUUUUUUAUCUAAACUUAUUUAUUUGCUCUUAUCAUCAUUAUCAUAAUUUAUUUUUUAUUUCUGAUUUUUGUAUAAUGUAUAAUUUUACUGUUUUUGUAUUGUGUAAGUACAUACGUAUGUGCAUUAGAAUGUGCAGUGUGUUGGCACGUAUGUAUCAGCGCACAUGUGUAGUGAAUGGGCUUGGGAUAUGGAUCGCAAUAUUAUUGUUUUAAUGGUCAACUCUGAAGUCAGUUAACGAUAAAACUGCAAAUUCA